AUGCCCAAGAAGCCAUGCCCAAGAAGCCACGCCCAAGAAGCCUCGUCCAAGAAACCUCGUCCAAGAAACCUCGUCCAAGAAACCUCGUCCAAGAAACCUCGUCCAAGAAACCUCGUCCAAGAAACCUCGUCCAUGAAACCUCGUCCAAGAAACCUCGUCCAAGAAACCUCGUCCAAGAAACCUCGUCCAAGAAACCUCGUCCAAGAAACCUCGUCCAAGAAACCUCGUCCAAGAAACCUCGUCCAAGAAACCUCGUCCAAGAAACCUCGUCCAAGAAACCUCGUCCAAGAAACCUCGUCCAAGAAACCUCGUCCAAGAAACCUCGUCCAAGAAACCUCGUCCAAGAAACCUCGUCCAAGAAACCUCGUCCAAGAAACCUCGUCCAAGAAACCUCGUCCAAGAAACCUCGUCCAAGAAACCUCGUCCAAGAAACCUCGUCCAAGAAACCUCGUCCAAGAAACCUCGUCCAAGAAACCUCGUCCAAGAAACCUCGUCCAAGAAACCUCGUCCAAGAAACCUCGUCCAAGAAACCUCGUCCAAGAAACCUCGUCCAAGAAACCUCGUCCAAGAAACCUCGUCCAAGAAACCUCGUCCAAGAAACCUCGUCCAAGAAACCUCGUCCAAGAAACCUCGUCCAAGAAACCUCGUCCAAGAAACCUCGUCCAAGAAACCAAAUCCAAGAAACCUCAUCCAAGAAACCUCAUCCAAGAAACCUCGUCCAAGAAACCUCGUCCAAGAAACCUCGUCCAAGAAACCAAAUCCAAGAAACCUCAUCCAAGAAACCUCAUCCAAGAAACCUCGUCCAAGAAACCUCGUCCAAGAAGCCUCGUCUAA